GAACCGGAUGUUGUCUGAAUGUCAAAGAUGGCGCCGGACAUGUCACGCUGAACUUGUAGCAAAUUGUUCCACAGUAUGUUUUUAAGGAUAUAAAGCCUUACCAGAUGAUAGCACACUGACCGACUCUGUGUUUUAGUUUGUGAGGUGAACACAGCUGAGGAAUAAAUGGCUCUGAGUGAUUUAAAUCGCUGUGUGCGCCAGUUGUUAGGUCAAAUUCAACGCUGUCGCCCGGUUGCAGCUACAAACCAGACAGCUCGGUGUCUCAGCCAAGCAGCCUCUCAGCCGGAGCCCAGCGCGAACGAAAAUGAAGCCGUGAACCCGACCUUUGUGAACAGAAACCCCCGGAACCUGGAGCAGAUGGCGCUGGCUGUGAAGGACCGGGGCUGGAAAACGACCUGGCCCCACCGGGAGUUCUACCACAGGUUGGUGUUUUCUCGCACCCAACAUUAUGUGACAGCACAAGUGUUCUCCAGCAGUUCUCCUGUCCCAGUGUUGACCUGCUCAACCACAGAGUGGGCAUUGAAAAAGGAAUUGGCUUCUACAAGGUGUGUGGCAGCAUGUCAGGCUGUGGGUGAGGUGCUGGCACGUCGAUGUCAACAGGCUGGAAUCACCAGGAUGGUGUACAGGGCUAUUCCCUGGGCCUAUCGCUCUGACGCUGUUCAGGCUUUCAGGAAAGGAAUGAAAGAAGGAGGAAUCACACUCAGUGAACCCAGAAGAAAAUACAUUGGGACCUAAAUUUUUGUGUCAUCUAUCACAUCUGCUGCUUUAUUAAAAUAUCCUCUGUAACCCUUAUUAUAUCUGCUAUGUUGUGAAUUUAUCACUGUACUGAUAUUAAGAUGACAAGCACUACAGUGAAUUACAAUACAGAGAAUCAAAAUGAGCGCUGAAAGUAAUGUUGCUUGUCCCUCUGCUUUGUUUCAUGUGGAUAAAGUGUUUCUGAAUAUAACCAGUCUGCUCUCUC